UUCAAGAUGGCGGCGCCCAGUGCUGCAGAAUUUGCCAGGUGGAAACAGCAGUGUCUUUCUGCCGCAGAUUUGAGUCGCAAAGGCAGCAUCGACGAACCGAUAGUAGAACUGGUCAACUUUAUCAACGGACAAGAGUUUCUUUUCACCACAAGCUCGUGUUCGGGGAGAAUUUCAGUUUUUGCUGAGAAACAUGAGGAAAAGAAGAAAGGCUGUGAUUGGUUGAUGAUAUCCCACUCUCAGACUGAUACAGCAUCAGUGAUGACGUCCCUGCGCAUGCAUGACCAUACCGGGUCUGCUGUGUUUAAGUUUGAGCCGUUCGUCCUCCAUGUUCAGUGCAGGACCAUUCAGGAUGCAAGACUUCUCCACCAGGCCGGUGUGCAGGCUGGCUUCAGGAACUCUGGGAUAUCCCUGGGGAGCAAGGGGAAGGUUGUGGUGGCCAUCAGAAGCACCCACACCCUAGAGGCCCCACUGUCUGACCGAGGCCGGAUGUUGGUGGAUGAAGGUUACGUCAGUUACCUGGUCACAGCAGCCAAUGGGAAACUAGAGGAGAACCAACGCAGGGUGCAAAGAUUCUUUUGUUACCUGAAAGAGAUACUCUCAAAGCAAGCGGAGUCGGUACCAUCUCAUACAGUUCAACACAGGAAAGAUAAACAUCAGGAAACACACAAAAACAGGAAACAGCAACAAGAGGGAAGGUCGGACAAAAGUGCAACUCAUGAGGAACAGGACCACAGCGAUGAUGGGGUAGACUUACAUGACCUGUUUGAAGGAAGCUGACAUCUGUUU